AGAUGAAAUACAGAAGAUGUAGAAUACAGUUUAGACAUCAACAUAGAGGCAACUUAAAAAAAAAAAUGUGUUGGUAAUUUUGUCCACGAAUAUUAAUGCCAACCGAUGACAGAUGGCAGAACUGUAAAGAUUCGUAGCGUUUAGCUCAGCCAUCUAGAGUAUUCAACGUUUAUGGACUCUUGAGUCACACGCUGUGUUUAUCUCUGUUUUAUCAAAGUAUUUAUUGUGUAAUUAUCGAAUAGCGAUAAACUGAUAUAGCACAAUAACCAAUAAUCGUCGGUUCUUAACGGUCACGCCGACUUUUUGUAUUCUAUUCUGUGCGUUUCAACGUAAAGCCGCGAGACUUCAGCUAUGCGCUUUUUCGCAGGUCUCAAGAAGCGCAUGUAAAACGGUGCGUUUAAUAAUUACGCCAUUCUCGGCGCCGGUUGUGCACUGCAGCAAACGCGAUUUCGCGGCGUCGCGGCACACAAAUGCGUGGACAGUGAGUUUUAACCGGUCGGACAGAGCUGCGAGUUGGCGCACGGUGGAUCGGCAACGGCCAGCCAGUAGAAGCGUCAGGCUUGGCGGCGGUGGCAGUGGCGGAGAGGACAGAGGUGAAGGCGGCGGUGAAGGCGGUGGCGGAGGCGGCGGGGAAGCUGUUCAUCGAACGGAACAGCCGCGCGCGCGGUGAUACGGACGGCGAGCUGUUGUACGGUUCGUGAAACGGGCACGGGCAUAUCUCGAAAAGGAGGCGACGGCUGACGGCGUUUCCCUGCUGGUUGCCGGUACUUGUACGAGGCUCGAAGAUGGCAGACACGAGCCAACAAGCAUUAAGCGAACCACACACGAACGGAGUGGUGGACGGUUUGACGGAGGAUGAAAAAAGCAAGAUGAGACCCGCCGAUAUCGACGCGGAUAUGCGAGAAAUGGAGAGGAGAAAGAGGGUCGAGAUGAUGAUGAAUUCGCGGAUCUUCCGAGAAGAAUUGGAACGUAUAAUCGAGACACAGAUGAAGGACGGUGCUGGACCCUCCGGUCUUCUGCAACAGAUCUCUGACAUGAUGGGCGCGCAGGGAGCCCGAUUCAACGGCAAUGUGUUCAAAAAUUCAAAUUGCGUCUUACCUAUCAACGACAUUCGCGGCGUGGAGAGCAUGGGAUAUGCCAAGGGCGAGAAGCUGCUGCGAUGCAAGCUGGCGGCGGUCUUCAGAUUGCUCGAUCUAUACGGAUGGACGCAGGGCGUCGGCGGGCACAUCACCGCCCGUCUCAAUCAGGAUCAGGAACAUUUCCUGGUGAAUCCGUAUGGGUUACUUUAUCACGAGGUCACAGCCUCCAGUCUGAUCAAGGUGGACAUGCAAGGCGCGGUUGUCGAGCAGGGGACGACGAACUUCGGCGUACAUAUAACAAGUUUCCAAUUGCAUUCGACAAUACACGCCGCGAGACCCGAUAUCAAAUGUAUUAUUCAUAUUACAACUCCGUCCGUUACCGCGGUCUCUUCUUUGAAGUGUGGAUUGUUACCAAUCGGACAGGAGAGCAUAGUGAUAGGCGAGGUGAGCACUCACCAGUACAUCGGAGGCUCCGUCGAACCGGAAGAACGGGAGAAGAUCGCGAGGAACCUCGGGCCGAUGAAUAAAGUUAUGCUUCUGACGAACCGCGGCGCACUUUGCUGCGGAGAGACGGUGGAAGAGGCGUUCUUCAACGUUUACAAUACUGUGGUCGCUUGCGAGACGCAAUUGAAACUGAUGCCCGCGGGCAUAGACAAUCUAAAUCUCAUCAGCGAGGAAUCGAAGAAAGCUAUAUUUGAGGCCUCGCGGAAACCACCGAUCCCUCAGCAACAGACUUCGGCGGUGGAGUCGUCCGCUCUCGCCGAGAAGCUCGAGAAACGUUGGAGAAUCGGCGGCGCUGAGUUUGAAGCUCUUAUGAGAAUGCUGGACAAUGCUGGAUUCCGUACGGGCUACAUAUAUAGAAAUCCACUCGUGAAAGGAGAACCUCCGAAACCGCGAAAUGAUGUUGAAGUUCCACCGGCUGUAUCGUCCCUAGGAUAUCUACUUGAGGAAGAAGAAUUAUACAAGCAAGGGCUGUGGAAAGGUGGACGUAAAGGCACAGACAGAUCCCGCUGGUUAAAUUCGCCGAAUGUUUACCAGAAGGUCGAGAUCCUGGAAACUGGAACACCUGAUCCUAAAAAGAUCACCAAGUGGGUGUCUGACGGAUCUCCUACCCAUAGCAGUACACCAGUGAAGAUAGAAGGUGCUCUUCAGUUUGUACCGAAAAAUACCAACCCAAAGGAGUUUAAACAAAUACAACAGCAAAUUAAGGAUUAUCGACGAGCAGAAAAGAUAUCAGCCGGUCCACAGUCUCACAUAUUGGAAGGUGUGUCAUGGGAAGAAGCUAAGAAAAUGCAGGACGCGACAAUUAGUGGUACCGGCGAACAAGUAGUCUUAGUAGGAGCCGCUAGCAAGGGUAUUAUACAGCGUGGUUUUCAACACAAUGCGAUGGUGUACAAGACACCUUAUGCCAAAAAUCCAUUCGACGCGGUCACGGAUCAAGAACUCGAUCAGUACAAGAGAGAAAUCGAACGCAAGCAGAAGGGAGAUCCUUACGAUGAAUCACAAUCAGAAUCCGAGGCCUUGUCGUCCUUUAACAUCAGUCGUGCGACGCAUGAAUCCAGCACUGCCAAGAGUCCUAUUCAAUCACCGGUUUCUGUUACUUCGGAAACGGAGGAGGAGAGUAGAGACGAACCCCGAGUAUUGCGAAUAGAAACGAAACAAGUGCCUGCGCCGAGUCAACCCGAAGUUGUAUUAAGCGAUGUGAAUGAUGCUACUACAGAGUACCUUAAUGAGAUGCGCUACAGAUCGAUCGAGCGGCAAAAAAACGGUUACAAAGGAGAUAGCGAACUAGGCAGCAAUUGCAGCAGCGUGAGCAGCGAGAAUGUGUUAACGUACUCUGGCCGGCGAGUUUCUGAGCGUCUUUACGAUAGUCUUCAUUUGGAGAAUGUUCGAGCCUCGAUAACCGCCGAGCGGCAGAAACCUGUUCUAGUAACAUUACGUUCGAAAAUAUUUACGUCUGCUAACAGAAGUGACAUCAAAAAGUCAAAAUCGGCCGACGAGACUUCCGUGAAGCGCUACGAGGCGAGACGAAAAUUUUUCGAAGACUUUGAACAAAAAGAUUUGACGACGAAAACCGUGAUGAAACCAACGAGCGAUGAAGAACACAAAUCCGAAGAAAAUUUUGUGCUAAACUCGAAUGAGAAAUCGGAUGUUUAUCUUGUAAAGGAGUUGAACGCAAAUGUGACAAACGGACAUACGAAAGGACACGACGAAACGCAUUCGGAUAACAUCGCGUUGCAGCUCGUGAAAUUGGAGAAUAUCGUGCAACCAAAUUUCGUUGAACUAGUCAAUGUAAAGGAAAGAAGUGAGAUUGAGAAGGUAGAAAGAGAAUCUUCGAAGACUUGCGACGAGAAAUUGAACAGCGACUCGGCGGAGGCCGCGAAUGAGAAGCAACCAGAGCAACACGCUGCAACAUCUCAAUGCGAUAAUAGAAAUAACAAGGAAGCCUCGCAACCACUGAGCGAUUUAUCUUCCGACAACAACGACAGACGGUUUAUCGGUCAUUGCGAAUGUAGUGAAGAUAAGGGGACAUCGCUGAGUAAGGAAACGAGCGAUAACGCGGCGCGCAUCGAGCUGAAGAAACAAAAUGUUCGAUCGUGGAUCGAGAGUUCCGUUUGUAAAAACGAUUGGCUGAAUCGCACGGAGGCCGACACGUACGAAUCGUACUGCGACGAUAUUACAAAGAUCGUCGAAAGCAUCGACGUGAAUAUCGCCUCGUCGAGGACGGAGUUGGACGCGCUGCCCGACACGGACACCUGCGUCAAGUAUAACUUGGAUUCGACCAACAUGAGUCUCAUUUACAGCCUAACUCCGCCGGCGGUGGUCGAUCAGGAGGAGAGCGGCAACGACGACACGUGGCGCGACUUGGCGGACCGCUCGUCGGAAUGGCAAUCCGAUUCGAUGAAGAGCGACAGCGACGGGGAGUUGGGCGAUUACAUCUGGAUAGAGCCGACGACCAAGACGGAUUGCGCGAAGCCCAGCGAUCGUGGAAGCGAAAGCAGCUGCGAAUUGGAGCAUCUCGAAUCCGAGAAGCACUCGGCGAGUGGAUCCGACAUACUCGAGUUACCGAGCCGCACGAUUCGGGAAUUGAAGGACAUCGACGGUGAGGUCUUCCUGAACGGGAUCAACGAGUCCGCGAACGAGAUCAUCGCCGAUCUCAACGCUUCCGAUGAAGCGGUGCCGUCGUCGCAGGAAGCUCUACAAGUGGCACAACACGUUAUCGCCGAGAUCAUUGAGUCCGUUUACGACCUGCUGUACCUGGAUUCGUCUAUUCACGAUCUUGGCGUCGUGAGAGAAGUCGUGUGCCAUUUGAUUGAUAGUUAUCGUCACGAGUACUCGCUUAUAGAAUCCGCCGACCCAGCAUGCACAUCGGAAAUCUUCACAGCGGACAACAAUGUCGAUAAUAUUUGCCGGAUCAAACGCUUUCUCGGAACUUUGUCGCCGGAUUUCCAUUCUGACAAUCAAACAAAAGUGCAGGAAAAGAAGAGAACUCGGGAGUCGUCCGCGGUGAUCGAAUUCUGUACCAUAGCGAAAAGGCUGCCGGUCGUCGCCAACGACGCUGCCUUAGAACUGAACUUCCGCGUCCUCAAAGUUCCGGCGAACAAAUAUGCCAGCACAUUGCCGGAUAUUUGUCGCGUGCUCGACGAGAGCUCGGUCGACAAUCGCGGUAGGAUGCUCCGUAAAAUGAGAGACAACGAAAGUAUGGCGAAAUCGGAGACGAAGUCGUGGCCGUGCGAUCGAUGCUGUUACUGCCGAGAGGAAGAGGAUUCGAGAGAGGGAUCGACAGGUCGUCUAACGCCUAUAAGCGAGGAGCCGGAUGAAAUUCCACGCGACACUGUCGAUAUUGUCACAAAUCCUAAUCACUUCGCGAACGCCGUCGAGGAGGGUGCAGCAAACUCCGCGAAAAAGUCUGUCUCCCUCGACGACACCUACACGAUCUCCGAAGUUAGUUCUGUAAUCAUUUCCGACACUGACGAGACGAACGAUCUUGAGGAACAGCACAACAUUUGGGAUUCAUCUGUAGACUGCAUGUCGUACUCGUACGACACUAAGGAAUUCAUGCGCUUGGAGAAAGCUCUCACGGAAAGCUCGCAGUUGAAUGUAUAAUCACUUGUGCUUUGUGGGUAUUGCAUUCUAUCUGAAUUUUGCGAUCGCUCAAAGUGAUCGUGGGAAUUUAGGAGACACAGAUCGACACUGUGUGACACGGUCAAACGCCGUGCUUAGAUACUUGAUGGAAUGCGUUUGGUUCUGAACUAGACUGCUAGAGUCUGCUUAUGUCUUCCCAUGAUAUCUAGUAAGUUCAUUUAAGGCAGACAUGUCCAAACGCCGGCUCUGGAGCCAAAGUGGAGAGCGAGAAUUUCCCCCUCUCCAGAUGCUUGCCGCUCGACUGUCAGCGCGAGGUGCAGUGCGGGGAAAAGAGCCGCCGAUCCCUACUAUCGAAGUCUCGUGUUUCUCCCUUGCACCUCACUAACAAGUGAAAAGCCUGAUCGAACAGUGAAGGAGUAUAGAGUAACCCGAAACUGUUCUUACGACCUUUGUAUUAAACUGGAUGAUCUGUUUAUAAACAUAACUAUUUCUUUGCACGGUAGUCGGAGCGUAUGUCGUGACUAGUGUGGGGAGCGCUGAGAGGGAUAUGAUAUCUCGCGCGACGUCGGAGAAAGGGAAGGCUUCUAGCGUUACUCCCCAGGCGUUGGACAUGUCUGAUUUAAGGGGUUACCUGCAGUCAGUAAUUUUGAAAAAAAUCGAUUUUGAGAUUUAGCUAUAGCUAUAGCAUCCGAAGAAGCAGAAGGUUCAUUAUAUGGUUCUGGAAUAGAUGAUUAUGUAUAAGUUCCCCAAAAAAGUUUUUAUUAUAAAAUAUUUCGUAAAAAAAAUUUUAAAUGCGUUUUUCUCAAAACUACGAUUUCAAAGUCGGUGAUCACUGUAAUUCAAAAAUGGCUUAACCGAUUGGUCUGAAAUUUUUUAUGCUUAUUUCAGAUACAAUUUAUGGGUCCCUGAUCGUAGAAUUUUUUUUUU